AUGGCCUGGCACCGGACUACCAAGGAUUGUCCAUUUCCAGGACCGGGCAUGCAUCUUGGCAGCCCAUGCGCCUCGGUGUCCCAGGGUGGGGUACUGAUUCCUCCGCACCGUGACUCUGAGGGCAGGAACACCUAUUUCUUUCCGGUGAUCGGCAUCCAAUUCCGGACGCUGUUUUUCCACAAGAUUACCCGCGAUGGCAAGGUGCCCUGUCAAGCCGCGAAAUCCCUCUGCGGCCCUCAUGACGUGGAUGAUUACAAUGCCGAGACCUUGACGUUAUACCCUGGAGAUCUGCUAAUCCAGCCGCCAGGCCAAUUGCAUGCAGAAUAUAAUCCCAAUCCUGCUUUGGCACGUGGGGGUCACUUUUUCACAUAUGGAACACUUCAUCGCACACAUAGUUUCAGAUUCCUAGAAGACGCUCAAGGCAACACCGCUCAAGCUCAUGAAUACGCAGACGAGACCGUCUGGCGGAUGGCUGCUCUCAUUCCCCGGUUACCACCGGACCAGUUGUCAGGCAAGCUUGCAUUAUUGGCCUCUGUUGGCACUUUGUUGCAUGGUUCUCAAGCCCAGAAAGUAUCUGGCACAGCGCCCGGCAUCAACAUCCCACAACACAAAGCGACCCAUGACCUUACAAUCACCCAGUCACACCCGCGCCCACGCAGUUGUUACGAAAAUUCUGCAACACCUAGAUAUUUGCCCGCAAGACUUGCCUGA